AUGGCAGAAGUCGCACCAGCACCCGCCGCCGCCGCGCCGGCCAAGGCACCCAAGAAGAAGGCAGCAGCCAAGCCCAAGAAAGCGGGACCCAGCGUAGGCGAGCUCAUCGUCAAGGCGGUGUCCGCCUCCAAGGAGAGGAGCGGCGUGUCCCUGGCCGCGCUCAAGAAGUCUCUGGCGGCAGGCGGCUACGACGUGGAGAAGAACAACUCCCGUGUCAAGAUCGCCGUCAAGAGCCUCGUCACCAAGGGCACCCUGGUCCAGACUAAGGGCACCGGUGCUUCCGGCUCCUUCAAGCUCAACAAGAAGGCCGUCGAGGCAAAGAAGCCCGCCAAGAAAGCCGCAGCCCCCAAAGCUAAGAAGGUGGCCGCCAAGAAGCCCGCCGCCGCCAAGAAGCCCAAGAAGGUAGCAGCCAAGAAGGCCGUGGCCGCAAAGAAGUCCCCCAAGAAGGCCAAGAAGCCCGCUACACCCAAAAAGGCCGCCAAGAGCCCAAAGAAGGUGAAGAAGCCCGCCGCAGCGGCCAAGAAAGCGGCCAAGAGCCCCAAGAAGGCUACCAAGGCAGCGAAGCCCAAAGCCGCCAAGCCCAAGGCGGCCAAGGCCAAGAAGGCAGCCCCCAAGAAGAAGUAA